AUGGCUGGACCUUAUUUAUCACCUCUUGGACCACAAGCUGAUCUUCUUACUGAGUACAUGUUCGGCCGACGGCGUCAGGCAUACUUCUAUUUAAUUUUUUUACUUCUUUCUCGGACGCAGAGACGCAACCGGACGACGUUUACUCCUCAACAGCUCCAAGAGCUUGAGUCUCUCUUCCAGAAGACUCACUAUCCUGAUGUUUUUUUACGUGAAGAAGUCGCAUUGAGGAUUUCCCUCUCAGAAGCAAGAGUCCAGGUGUGGUUCCAAAACCGUCGAGCCAAGUGGAGGAAGCAAGCCCGGCUUCAGCUUCUUCAAGACGCUUGGAGAAUGCGUUGUCUAGGAUUAGGAAGUGCUGCACCACUUCUUCUUAGACCUCCACCGGCACCAGGAAUCGAGCGUUCUGAUUCUUUAACUCCACCGCCUUCGGCUGGUCUUUCGCCGCCGCAAAUAACUUCCGGAUCACCGGAUAAACUUCCCGAUAAUCCGAACCAUCCAGUCUGUCGAGACUACAGGAUCCUGCCACACCAUGGGUACCCAGUGAACUGCGAUAAAUCACCAGAAAGAGUGAAAUGUGGCUGUGGCUCUCCACCAAGAAGUUCAGGAUCUCCAACAGACAUCGAAGUCGAUUUAGCACCUCAGGAUAGACCCCAAGAAUCAGAAAUGGAUCUUACUAUAAAAACACCAAUGCCCACGCGUCAUCCACAAAUUCCUUCAAUGUUUCAUCAUCUUCCAAGUGAACCGCAACAUGAUCUCAGUCCUGCCACGAGGUCCAUAGACGAACCACUGGACGUUACCUUAAACGGCAAUCGCAAUAAUAAUUAA